UGCAUAUUGUUUGAUCAUCCACAAAUUAAAUAUCAACAAACUUCUAUAAGUUAAUUAAAUUCAUCCAAAAUGGCAUUCAAGGCAAAUGUUUUGCUUAUUUAUUCUUUGGUUCUUCUGAUAAUAUCAUCAGAGGUUAUUGCAAGAGAGAUGGUUGAGCCUUCACUUCCAAUGCUUGAGUCAAAUGAAGUUCAGAACAUAAUUAAGAUGAACGACGCAACGCUCCACGGUCAGAAAAAAGAUGGCGGGAGGAAAGGAAAAGUUAGUUUUAAUUUAAUGUGUUUAGCUUGCGAAUGCCCAAAAAAGAAUGAUGACGACGACGACGAUGAUGAUAACAACAAUAACAACAACAACAGUGGUGGUUUUGUCGAUGAUGUAUGUAAAGCCAUGUGCUGUUAGAAACAAAAGGAUCACAAGCACUAAAUAAUCAUUUUCUUCUGAUCCAUUACCUAAUAAUAUAUACUUUGUGCCCUAAUAUUAUAUACUUUGUGUAAUAAUAUGAGAUUGGUUGAAUAAAGGAAAACUUUGAGUUA